AUGUCAACGGAUCCUGCAAAAUUAUUGAACUCGAUCAUUAUCAAUUACACUUUCAAUGAUGACACGGUCGAAUCUUUCGUACCUUUUAUACUUGAAACCAUAACGCACCAUCAACUAUUAAAAAACCUCAAUAAAGAAUCUAAUUCUGCAGAACGGGUGCCAAUUCACAAAUGGUGUACACGUAUUAAUUCCCUAUUACAAUCAAAAGUUGGCAGUGCGAGGUGGGCGGGAGUUUGCUUUGUGAAAAUCUCCAUUGAGCAAUCGGAAGACCUGUUUGCUCAAAAUUUGAAAACGUGGUCUUCGGCGUUAUUGACUUUACUCACGCGUCCAGAACCUGCCAUUACCUUGAGGACCGUUAUUUCGUCGCUUUCAAUAAUGUUUGAAAGAACGGUCAAUAAGCCCGAGACGCAGAGAGAAGUAACCUCUCAGCUACUUCCACGUUUCAACACGGCUCUCUUACAACUCUCUGAAAACAAAGAACUUUUGCCUUCGAUAUUCGACGCUUUAUCUUGUUCCGGUUCUCACUUUCCGACAAUAUUUCGACCGGUUUUCGAAAAUGUGCAAAAGUUAAGUUUGGGCGUUUUAGACGGGACAUCUGAUUACGGAUCGCACGUCGUUAAAUCCGCAGUCAAUUGUUUUGCUAGUAUCACAAAUGUGGGAGGCAAAACCAGUUCAAUGGAUCAUUGGCAAUCCAGUGCGUUAAGGAUAGUCGGAUCGUUGAAUUCGCUAUUGGAUCGAUUGUUCGAUACAGUUGACGAAGAUAAGGAGGCGUCAAAGAAGCUACCAGUUUUUGAGUUUCCACCAGUUGCCGACGACUAUGUUAAUAGUUUUCCUACUCUGUUUUCGAGAUUUCAAUGCUUAUGUGAAUGUAUUAUUUCUCUGAUAAGUUUUCCAACAACUUCACCCAUUCGAAUUCCAAUGAACCCGAUUUUGGAUGUUUUCUGUAGAGUGCACAAUGUUUCUGACGACAUAAAGGAAAACAAAGACAAGAACGAAUUCAUUACUUUGAUGCUAGGAGCGCCAACUUUAUGUUUUCAUAGCAACAAGGUGCUAUCAAGUUUAAUCGCUUGCUUUGGUGAACACCUUGCGCGCAACCUGGGUUUAAUCUCGAACAUAAUAAUGAAACAGUUUCGCUUGUCCGAAAGUCGAUGGUUACUUAGGAGUUCUGUCUAUCGUUUGACGUCUCUGUGCAUACAAAAAUAUGGGUUCGGGUUUGCACAUUUGAUAUCUUCCUCAUUGAUAACUUGCAUCGUUGAAGAUAUUAAGAUCAACCAAGAAGUGCAGUAUCUCGAUGUCGAGGCGAAUUCCGAGAAGAAAAGUGGAAGAAAAAAAAAAAAAUUAAUCACAAACUCGGACGCGCUUGUUAAUAUGAAUAAUCGAGUAAUUAGCUAUACAAAUGUAGACGUACAAAUCGCUUCUUUAGAAGCGUUAAAAAACCUCCUCACGUUCUAUGGUUCCUCAAUACCUGCGAAUGUUCGCACAAGCAUUGAUGACAUCAUUCUUACGCGAAUUUUAUCAUCAGACGAAAAAAAUGAAAACGAUUGUGACAUCCGGUCAAUGUUGUACGAAUGUCUACUUGCGUCAGUAUUAUCACCUUCAGUGCAUCAACCCACAAUUCUUCCACACGCUUUGCGUGUUUUCUCAUCUGCUUUGAGUGCACAGUCUCACAAGUUGCGAUUAUUCAGUUCCCAUGCUCUGUCAAUUUGUGAUCUUAUAUUUCACAGUCGGCUGCCGCCACUCAAGCGUUCACCUGCUAGUUCGACGAUUCAACACAUAGAAAAACCAGUUCUUCCGUCAGCAUCCGAUAUGAGUGAUAAUGAAAAUACAUUAGAUAUCAGUAAAAAUCGUGUUAACAUUCAAGAUGUUUCUAAUGACACCACAUCAAUUUUGGAUAAGACUACUGUAGAUCUAAAUGUAGAUACCAGUCCUUUCACCCAUGAUGAUAAGCCCCCAGAUAAAGAUGCUACCGUAGAAAAAGUAGCGAACGAGAUAGUGCAUCUCCCGAUCUCUGUGUCAACCCUAGUGCCCGAACCUCCUGAUAAUGAUAAUACGGAUAAAAACUUUAAUAAAAAAAGAACGCUUUUGGUAGACGCAGAAGAGUUAACUGUAGAAGAUCGUGCUCGUGUGUAUAAACCCUUCAGAACAGAUGAUAUUGAUUCCGAGGAUGAAGAUAUGGAACUUCCGGAAAUUGUAUCGGGUGGUCCUGAUUCGGAUUAUGCAAGCUCGAUAGAAUAA